GGGCUGACGAAACCAAGCCUAUCCCACGUAGUGGGCGCAGCGUCCUGCGGCCAGAGUCGCGUCUCCUUACGGGUCCGACACCAGCCGGGGCUCGGGCCGGGGCCCGGGCCCCCGGGACAUGGCCCUCCGGCGUGCGCAGGGCGACGGCCUCACCUCCAGCCGCUGGGUCGGCGGCGCCGACAGGGCAGGCUUUAGUGCCAAAAGGAAGAAGAAAGUGGCAGAGAUAUAUCAGGCUCUGAACAGUGAUCCCACUGAUGUGGCUGCCCUCAGACGCAUGGCUAUCAGUGAAGGAGGUCUCCUGACUGAUGAGAUCAGACGAAAAGUGUGGCCCAAGCUCCUCAAUGUCAAUACGAGUGACCCACCUCCUAUAUCAGGAAAGGACCUACGUCAGAUAAGCAAGGACUACCAACAAGUGCUGCUGGACGUCAGGCGGUCUUUACGGCGGUUCCCUCCUGGCAUGCCGGAUGAACAGAGAGAGGGGCUCCAGGAAGAGCUCAUUGACAUCAUCCUCCUCAUCUUGGAGCGCAACCCUCAGCUGCACUACUACCAGGGCUACCAUGACAUAGUGAUUACGUUUCUGCUGGUGGUAGGCGAGAGGCUGGCAACAUCCCUGGUAGAAAAAUUGUCUACCCACCACCUCAGGGACUUCAUGGAUCCCACAAUGGACAAUACCAGGCACAUUUUAAACUACCUGAUGCCCAUCAUAGACCAGGUGAACCCAGAGCUCCAUGACUUCAUGCAGAGUGCUGAGGUGGGGACCAUCUUUGCUCUCAGCUGGCUCAUCACCUGGUUUGGGCACGUCCUGUCUGACUUCAGGCACGUUGUGCGGUUAUACGAUUUCUUCCUGGCCUGCCAUCCACUGAUGCCCAUUUACUUUGCAGCUGUGAUUGUGUUGUAUCGUGAGCAGGAAGUUCUGGACUGUGACUGUGACAUGGCCUCGGUCCACCAUUUGUUGUCCCAGAUCCCUCAGGACCUGCCCUAUGAGACGCUGAUCAGCAGAGCAGGGGACCUCUUUGUUCAGUUUCCCCCUUCUGAACUCGCACGGGAGGCUGCUGCCCAGCAGCAGGCUGAGAGAACUGCAGCCUCUACCUUCAAAGACUUUGAGCUGGCAUCAGCCCAACAGAGGCCAGAUAUGGUGCUGCGGCAGCGGUUUCGAGGACUUCUGCGACCUGAGACUCGAACAAAAGAUGUUCUGACCAAACCAAGGACCAACCGCUUUGUGAAACUGGCAGUGAUGGGGCUGACGGUGGCCCUGGGAGCAGCUGCUCUAGCAGUGGUGAAAAGUGCCCUGGAAUGGGCCCCCAAGUUCCAGCUGCAGCUCUUCCCCUGAAGCCCGAGCCACUUCCUCUCACAGUGCACCCGGUCUCGCCCUUUCCCAGAAGGACUGAGAAGAUGGAAUUUCCUUGAUUAAAAGGGUUUCUGUCGAGGGUGUUCUGUUCCUGCCACCCUCACCUGCCACGUUUGCCAUGGCUUUGGAGGCCAGUCACAGAGCAAGCCUGACCUGCGGUGUCUUCCACGGACCUGAGAGUGUCUCUGCCACCUCCCCUCAUGUUGGUGGAAGUGGGUUCUUUUGUUCCCAGCCAUCGUGAGAACCUCAGGGCCUGGGCUUCCCUGGCUACCCAAUAGAAAGUAAGCCAGACCCCAGUAUGCCCUCCUUGCAGCUCCUGGGGUUCUGUCCACUUCAGAUAGACGAGGAAGGAGACCUGCUGCUGAAGGAGUCGGGCCUUGGGUGAAAGUGAGGGACAGAGGACUCUCGUGUGGGAGCCCUUUUAAAAGCAGCUUCAUUAGCUGGUCAGAAAUCAGACACGAAUGAGGUGACUGGUGAAAUCCUACCUAUUUUCAGCCUAGAAAUCACGUGGGUACUUCCAGUCCAGCAGGAGAGAAUAUUACCUAGACUGGUUUGCCUGCCUUUUUAUUUCUUCCUGUUCUCUUCUACAAGCCACAUGACAUUACUUAUAAAAGACACUUUUAUUACUAUUUUUAGAAUUAUAUACUCCUAACAUGUAAAGUACUUUCACUUUAAAAAGAACCGUUCCUUCAUGGAAAAAAAUAGUUCUCAUCAGAAGGAUGAGCUUGUACAACCCUGAAGUUUACUUUCUACUCAACUGCGUAACAUUUCACUUCAGCCAGAGCUGCCAUUUGUGGAGAGCCCCCCACUUCCAACCCACUUUGCUUCCUUCCUAUUCCCCACAGACCAGCCUUCCACUCCCAGCAAGGCGCCCACUCGCAUCGUCUGGGCUUGAUAUAGCAGAGCCCCUGGUGUCUGCCUAGUGGGAAAUGGUGGAAACUUGCUGGUACCAGAAAGGGACAAACUAGCAUGAAGAGCAUGGCAGGGCCUAGAGCAGCCAGUCCCGCCCCAGGCUUCUCAGAGGCCCCCCAGGCCUUGGGAAGAAGGGGGGAUCCCACAGUCCUCCUGGGCAGCUUUCUGUGAGUGAAGCCAGGUUUGUACAUUAACUCGAGUUUGGGGGGGGAAAAGUGCCUUUUGCUGCUUUAAAAAUUGGAGUGCAUUGUGUGGAGCAGCUGUGUACUUUUAUUUUCCUGGUCUCCCAGCUGGUGAUUUCCUUAAGUGAACCGGUCAGAAGCACUCUGCCCUCCUGAAUGCCCACCAUGUGCAGGGUGGGUGGUCAGCAGGCUUCCCGCCAGCAUGCUGUAGAGUUCUGAGUUACACUGAGCACUUUAACCAAAACAUCUCAAAGCAUGGUGAGUCGUGCACAGCAGGAGGCACGUAGAGUGAAUGUGCUGCAGAUGGAUUAAUCUAGAAAGUGGUGGGAUCAUUAGGACAAAUGAAAAUUCUUCCAGGAUCCAGAGACAAGAGAUGGCAAAUAUUCCAUCUUCUCCUGUGCCAAGUUUGUCCUCUUGCCAUCUUUACAAAUGGCAACAGCUCUGUGCCUCUAGCCGCAGCAAGCAAACCUGUUUGUAAACCCAGCGAUGGCAAGAGGUGGAGGAGCUGCUGACGACUCAAGGCCACAACUCUGGAUCCCAGGAAGCAAGCGAUGUUUGCCUGUGCUGUGGCCUAAGGAGAAAGUGUGCACUGUAGCUUUGCUCACACCAGGAUUCUCCCUAGCCACUGAGGAGAAAGCAUUAUCUAUUUACCUUCAGGUGACUUAUUUAUUCUGUAAAGAAUAUGUGUAAAUAUUUUGUACAGAGAGCCCUGUAUGAAAUAAACAGCCAUAUGUGGUUACUAAUUAUGUC